AUGGGUGUCAAGGAGUUCUUCCACAAACGGUCAUUGCGCCAUAAGGAUAACGUGCGCACAAAUGCCGCUGAGCUGACGUUGAAGGAGUCUCUAUUUCCAAUUUUCCUUGUCACCAUCCUCUUCUUCCUUUGGGGUUUCUCCUACGGCCUCCUCGACACUCUGAAUAAGCAUUUUCAAGAGACGCUACACAUUACCCGAGCAAGAUCAUCCGGCUUACAGGCCGCCUAUUUCGGAGCCUACCUCAUCGCUAGUCUUGGCCAUGCUGCCUGGAUCUUGAGGCAUUGGGGUUACAAGGCAACAUUCGUCUUUGGCCUCUUUCUCUACGGCCUUGGUGCUCUUAUCGCAAUCCCAUGCAUUAUCGCCAAGAGUUUUGGUGGCUUCUGCGCCGCCAUAUUCAUCAUUGGCAAUGGCCUUGGCUCCCUAGAGACAGCUGCAAACCCGUACAUCACCGUCUGCGGUCCUCCAAAGUACAGCGAAAUCCGUAUCAACAUCUCCCAGGCCUUCAACGGUAUCGGUACCGUCGUCUCUCCCGUGAUGGGUUCCUAUGUCUUCUUUGCCUUUGACGAUAAGCGCGCCUUGGAGAAUGUACAAUGGGUAUACCUUGCCAUCGCUGUCUUUGUCUGGUCUCUCGCCAUCGUUUUCUGGCUAGCUAGGAUUCCCGAAAUCACGGAUGCCGACAUGGCUUUUCAGGCUUCUGAGACCCACGCCAAUGUGGACGAUAAACCCUUCCGGAAGCAAUACCGCCUCUUCCAUGCCGCUUUUGCCCAAUUCUGUUACACUGGCGCUCAAGUUGCGAUUGCCGGUUUCUUCAUCAAUUACGUGACCGAGCGUCGUCCCAAUACUGAUAGCGCUCUUGGCUCCAAGCUCCUCGCUGGCGCUCAGGCAGCCUUUGCUGUGGGCCGUUUUGUUGGUCAUGGAGAUAUAGGUAUGGCUAUGCUGUACAUUGUACUAUUUUUCGAAUCCAUCUGCUUCCCGACAAUUGUGGCUCUGGGUAUGAGAGGUCUUGGCAGACACUCUAAGAGAGGAAGUGGCGUCAUAAUCGCUGGUGUUUCUGGUGGCGCUGUCGUACCUCCUCUUCUCGGUGUCGUCGGCGAUGCCAAGGGUAUGGGUACUGCCAUGGUCAUUCCCCUCAUAUUCUUCGUGCUGGCAUUGUCAUACGCCUUCGCCGUCAAUUUCAUGCCAAGAUACCGUAACAUUGCCGAUGCUUUCAGCGCUACUGAAGUCGGCAUACGACCUGUAGACGCGGACUGGGAGAAGGGAGGGGUCGAAUCUGUCGAGGACAAGCAGACUAAGAAAGCCGUCUCUACUUUGUCGUGA